AUGUCUAAGCAAUUCUCUCCCGCCGAUGUGGCCAGCCACAACUCUGCCGACAACGGCCUCUACAUCAUCAUCGACAGUGGCGUCUACGACGUGACCAACUUUGUCGACGAGCACCCCGGCGGCAGUAAGAUCUUGAAGCGCGUGGCCGGCAAGGAUGCGUCGAAGCAGUUCUGGAAGUACCACAACAAGUCUGUGCUCGCCAAGUACUCGCCGAAAUUGAAGAUUGGCGAAGUCAAGGAAGCUGCUAAGCUAUAA